AUGGCUGCAGCGACGGCGUCUCAUCUUCCCUUCUCUGCGCUCGCCGUCGUCCUCGUCCUCGUCGCCGGCCUCCCGGCGGCAUCGGCGACGCGGCUGGGCAAGCGGUACAGGGUCGGCGGCCCCGACGGGUGGUGCGUGCCGCCGCCGGAGGACAAGGAGAUGUACUACGUCAACUGGGCGUCGCCCAUCACCUUCUACGUCGAGGACUCCAUCGAGUUCGUGUACAAGAACGACUCGGUGAUCAAGGUGGACAAGGUGGGCUACUACCACUGCAACGAGACGGCAGGCCUCGUCGGCCCCGGAACCGGCGCCGCGGCCGCGCCGCGCGACGGCAGCACGCUCUUCCUCCUCGACGCGCCGGGGUACGCCUACUUCGCCAGCGCCGACCUCGACCACUGCAACAUGGGUGAGAGGCUCAUGAUCAACGUCCUCGCCUCUGCGAUGCCGCCCGCGCCGUCGUUCCAGUCGCCGCUGCAGACGCCCGGGCCAUGGUCGUGGCUGAUGUCUCCGUCCUCCCCGCCAGCGCCAGCCCCGUCCGUGGCGGAUGCGACCAACGCGGGUUACUCGCUCGCGGCGUCGCCCUCUCAUGCUAUCAUACUGGUGCCUGUCACGAGAUGGUCGGUUGUUGAGACUUGUAGCGAAUCUGGAGCAUUGCAGGAGAUGGAGGCGUACCCGACGCAGGCGUCGAGGCGGCGCACCAAGGAGGAGAGCGACCCGCAGGUCAGCAGCAUAGCAUCCGGUUCGCUCGCCGGCGAAGGCGGCGCCCCAUCAGCACGCACGAUCUCCCAAGCCUGA